UUUGCAGCGCUGACGAAGGCGGACGCGGUCUUCCUGUGUGUUAGCACUGAAGUCCCCGUGAGCUCGAACCUCGAAGCUGCUCCCCGUUACCGUGUACCGCGUCCAGCGGCUCAUGCAGCUCUCCACAAGGUAAUGAGCCGCAAAGCCUCGGGAUCUCGGCUCAGCGGCGCCCACAAAUCCUCGUUACAGUGGAACGACUGGCAGAGCAGACGUGACAGUGUGUCGUCCAGCCAGGACAGAGUGAAGUCCAGAGAACUUGCCUCAGCAGUGUUCUGUGACGAGUUGCCCUCCAGCUGCCCGAUCCAGCCUGAUGAUGUCUACACUGCUGCAGAUGCACUCCAUGAAGCAGGUGGAUAUGAAGCUGGUCAAGGUGUCUGUGAUACUACAUUUGGUUGGAAGUCGCUGGGGAAAGAGUUGAGACCCAAUGAUGUGACACCUGAGUUGACUUCUUUUCAGCAUGGAAACCGUGCUUCAUCUUCUAAAGACAUGAGGAAAUUGCAGGAUAGAGGAAUGGCGCACUCAGAGGAGUCUCGGCUGGCCAAUCUUCUGCGCCGUGUCUGCAGGGAAGAUGAUCGUGACCGCAGGCUGGUGACUCUCAAACAGCUGAAGGACUUCAUCAGUUACAGUGAAAGCAAAGUGACUGUGACCAAACAGCUGGACACCAUCCUGAGCACCUUAAAUGACAUUUUGAAUGAGAGCAGUAAGUUGCUGUGGGAGCUCCGCCAGGAUGCAGCAGCCUGCCUGGGCCUGCUCUGCACGGCGGCAAACCAUGAGGCCGAGCGCAUCUUCAAGUGGAUCUUUGUCAAGUUCAGUUCAAGUGGCCGUGAUGAGGUGAAACUGCUGUACCUGAUGGCAACACAGCGUGCUCUGGAGACGGCCGGCGAGAGGAAGACCUUCUCCCACUUAAUGCAGAUGGUGAUGAGCAACCUGCAAACCAUCUUGGAGAACGUGGACACACCAGAGCUCCUUUGUCAGACUGUGAAGUGUAUUCUUCAAUUGGCUCGCUGCUACCCUCACAUCUUCAGCACCAACUUCAGGGACACCGUGGACAUCCUGGUGGGCUGGCACAUUGACCACACACAGAAACAGGCGCUCACUCUGCAAGUCUCAGGCUGGUUACAGAAUCUCGAGCAGUUCUGGGUAGCUGACCUGGCCUUUUCCACCACGCUGCUUGGCCAGUUCCUGGAGGACAUGGAGGCGUAUGCAGAGGAUCUGAGCCACGUUGUGUCCGGGGAGGUUCUGGAUGAAGACAUCCCCCCUCCGUCGGUAUCACUGCCCAAACUAGCAGCUUUGCUGAAGGUGUUCAGUACCGUGGUCCGUAGCAUUGGCGAGCGAUUCAGCCCCGUCAGAGGACCGCCCAUCACCGAGGUCUACGUCACUGACGUCUUAAAUCGCGUCCUGGCCUGUGUGACCACGGCGAAGCAAGUCCAGUUCUCGGAGGCCGUUCUGACAGCAGGAACAGAAUGUGUGGGCGUGCUCCUGGCCAGCGUGGAGCCCUGUGGUCAGCUGAUGGAUUCUGUCCUCUCCUACGGCCUGGACCAGCUGGACUGCUGCCGGGCCUGCAGUUCAGACUACAAUCUGGCAGCGCUCGGCCUGCUGACUCUGAUUGUGGACCAGAUCAACACCAAGCUGCCUGUUUCCUUUGUGGAGAAACUGCUGGCACCUGACUCCCAGCUGCUGGAUCUGCGGUUCCAUCCAGAGAAAGAGGUGGUGUUGGCUGUUCACAGUGUGUACCAAGCACUGCUGGGUCUGAAAAACAUUCCAACUCUGGAUGCAGCCUACAGAAUGGUUUUAGGAGAGAUGGCUUGUGCCCUGUCCAGCCUUCUGCUAACCCUGGAGCCUUGUGGUAGGACCCUGGUACUUGGUGACAGCUGCUCCAGCAUUCAGCACCCUGCCUUUAGCUCACUGACCCUGCCUGCGGAGAAGGCCCAGGUCACCCUCAUCUUCAACAUAAGUACCCUCACCACUAUCGGCAACACCAAGAACUCCCUGAUUGGGAUGUGGGCACUGUCUCCCACGGUCUUCACUCUGCUCAGUCGGGACCUGACUGUGGUGCACUCGGAGUUGGCCGUGCACUAUCCUGCUGUGCAGCACGCUGUGCUGUACACCCUGUACUCGCACUGCAACAGACAUGACCACUUCAUAUCGUCCAGCCUGUCCUCAUCCUCUCCUUCCCUCUUUGAUGGAGCUGUCAUCAGCACCGUUACCACGGCAACAAAGAAGCACUUCAGCAUCCUGCUCAGCCUUCUGGGAGGCCUGCUGGAGAAGGAACACCUGCACGCUGAGACCAGGAGGCUGCUACUGACCUGGGCUCAGGAAAUCUCUGUGCUGAUGAAGAAGUCGGACACGUACAUCCCUUUGUUCUCCCUGCCUUCCUUCAACAAGUUCUGCAAAGGUCUCCUUGCUAAUGGAGGCAUGCUACUGACCUGGGCUCAGGAAAUCUCUGUGCUGAUGAAGAAGUCGGACACGUACAUCCCUUGUUCUCCCUGCCUUCCUUCAACAAGUUCUGCAAAGGUCUCCUUGCUAAUGUACCAAGGACAUCCCCCUGUAGUCUAG